AACCAUGAGUGUGCAAAAGGCUCCAAAUGAUAAAUUCUUCUACUUCUGCUACGCUAGCAAUCUAUUGAAGUCGAGGUUUCAUCUUUAUGUGCCAUCAGCCGAGUUUGUAAGCCCAGCCAAACUUGAGGACCCUCUACCGAUACUCUUCACCGGAAAUCACAGUAACAACCCCAGAGGGCCACGCCUACUUAUGCCACACCUACCACAUGGCACCGGACUUGGAGCAGGCCAAUGAGGAGCCCCCGUCACCCCACUACAUGAAGGUCAUGAUUGAGGGCGCUAUAGAAUCAAACCUGCCUUCAUCUUACGUUGACUACCUAAAAACGAUAAAGGACAAUGGGGAUACCAAUCCUCCACCUGUCAUGGCACAAAUAUAUAAUAAAUAGGGUGUGGUCAUGAAAGUUACGUGAGACUUGCAUAAACAUAGAGCUAUUAUGGCCUAAAUACUGAAAUUAAGAUUAUCAAGAACACUCCAAAAUAUUAAAAUCAAAUUUUUCAUUUGUAUGGCAUCUUCUUUGAAGGGGCGGUAAAAAAGAAGUUGACUUCUAUUUCAGAUUCUUUUCUUUAAAUCAAAUGCUAUACUGUAAGAAUGCACAUGGAAAGAAAACAUUCAAAUUCAUACAUUAAAACAAUUUUAUUAAAUAGAAUGUGAAAUAUAUUUGUACAUUAUAUACAUAAAAUAACAAUAUACUGGAUAAUACAUGCUGAAUUACAAACAUUAGGACGGUUUCAUAUACAGAUACAGGUUUUUCAGGAAAGCCCAGAGGUCUUUUUGGACGGAAUUCUGGAAUAGUUUGUUACAAUAAAAGUAGAGUAAAGGGGAAACUCCUUAGGUUGUAGCGUGACAAUUCUUGGUACUUAUUGACCUACAAUAACUUUGUUUUUAAUCUCUAAAUUGUAAACCAUAGGCAUUUCAAUCUUUGCUCUUAAAACAAUUCCCUCAACACGAAACAUCAGCAUUAAAGACAGAAUUUGAUCUGAUUUGUUUGAAAUUUAUCUUUCAUUCUUCCAUAGUUAUUUGUUAUUUCGCUGCUUGCACCUAAUGACAUGUUUUUGUUUGAUCUGUUAAGGAAUGCAAAUUUCUAUUGAAAUAUGAUUUAUCCACAUGUAAAAUCAUUCAACUUUUCACUAUCUGUAAGACUACUCAAGAUGUAUACAGUAUACGAGAUAGUGAUUUAUAUUCAGAACCUGAAAAAUAUAAGUGUCAAAAUGAAUAUUUGGCAUGUGACCCUGGUCAGUAAAAUAUGGUUAAAGGUUAAAAAUACACCUCAAUUUAGCUACUGGGCAAUUCAAUAAAAUCAUCAACCUUUUUGUACAUAUGGCCCCCAUUUUCUCCCAUUCUUUCUCUAUUUCAUGAAAGGCUGAAGCCUGCAUGUGAGAGUAGUACAAAGUUUUCAUACGAACUAGAAAAUAGAGAAAAAUGAAUUUAAAAUAAAGCACCAGAUAUAGGGGUCAGGCAUACAUAUGUUAUUGAAUUGCCCGUCAAUGAUUAUAAAGAGCUUACAAUGCUAAAAGAGUUCCAUUUGGGGGAUAUUAAAGUAAGGACGAAUUCGUUAAAGGGCCUAAAAACAAACAUUUAUCAAUUUCUUCCCAUCUAUAGAAUGAAACUGCACAUACACAGUAUAUAUGAUACAUAUUCUAUUGGUAUAUUCUUUAAGUAUUGAUUAUGAACAUUUACAAGAAAAUGAUGAUCAAAAGUCCUAUCGAAACUUGUUGGCAAUGUCCAAUAAAACACUUCAAGAAAUGACUCAAUUAACAGUGCUCAUACUUAACUUUUCCUUCCUUUGUUACUACAUCUCUUUAUGUAUCAAUUCAGGAAUAAAAUCAUAUUUUAAAGCCAAGAUA